GGCGAACGUGUGUGCGUGGUGGUCACAGUAGAAAUUCAAUGUUGUGACAAGAGGAGAGACACUAUAACGAACAUGGACGAAGAAGCAACUCCCCUUGUGGUCGACAAUGGUUCCGGCAUGGUUAAGGCCGGAUUCGGCGGUGAUGAUGCCCCACGUUCUGUGUUCCCCUCCAUCGUCGGCCGCCCUCGUCACCAGGGUGUGAUGGUCGGCAUGGGUCAGAAGGAUGCCUACGUCGGCGACGAGGCUCAAGCCAAAAGAGGUAUUCUGACCCUUAAGUACCCCAUCGAGCACGGCAUCAUCACCAACUGGGACGACAUGGAGAAGGUCUGGCACCACACUUUCCACAACGAACUUCGUGUUGCUCCUGAAGAAUCCCCCGUCCUUCUUACUGAGGCUCCACGCAACCCAAAGGCCAACCGUGAGAAGAUGACCCAAAUUAUGAUAGAAACUUUUGGUACUCCAGCGAUGUACGUCGCCAUCCAGGCUGUUCUGUCCUUGUACGCCUCUGGCCGUACCACUGGUAUCGUGCUCGAUACUGGCGACGGCGUCUCUCAUAUGGUGCCAAUAUGGGAAGGCUAUUGUCUUCCUCAUGCAAUCAAUCGUCUUGAUCUUGCUGGCCGUGACCUGACUGCUUAUCUUAUGAAGAUAUUAACUGAGCGUGGCUACUCCUUCACCACCACAGCUGAGCGAGAAAUCGUUCGUGACAUGAAGGAGAAGCUUUGCUAUGUCGCUCUAGACUUCGAGAGUGAGAUGAAUGUGGCUGCUGCCUCCUCUUCCCUCGAGAAGUCCUACGAGCUUCCCGACGGUCAGGUCAUUACUAUUGGCAAUGAGCGCUUCCGCUGUCCUGAGGCUCUCUUCCAGCCUUCCUUCCUAGGUAUGGAAUCUUGUGGCAUCCAUGAGACAGUCUAUAAUACCAUCAUGAGGUGCGACAUUGAUAUCAGGAAGGACCUGUUCGCCAACAACGUGCUGUCUGGCGGCACCACCAUGUACCCUGGUAUUGCUGACCGAAUGCAGAAGGAAAUCACUGCUCUUGCUCCUCCCUCCAUCAAGAUAAAAAUCAUUGCUCCUCCUGAGCGCAAGUACUCCGUAUGGAUCGGUGGCUCCAUCCUGGCUUCCCUGUCCACCUUCCAGACCAUGUGGAUCACCAAGGAAGAGUAUGACGAAUCCGGCCCCAGCAUUGUCCACCGCAAGUGCUUCUAAAAUGAAUGUAACUUAAUUCUAUUAUAUAUUCAGAGGUUUAUAUAAAGAAAAUAUCUUUUGUAUACGAAAUAAUAAAAGGAAAACAUACA